AUGCAGAGAUACGCGGAUCGCGUUGCCCUGGUGACGGGGGCCAGCUGCGGCAUAGGAGCCGCCAUCACGCAGGAGCUGCUCAGGCAGGGACUCACCGUCGUCGGCCUGGCGCGGAGGGUCGACAGGGUCAAGGUCAGAGCUCACCCCUUGCCAGAUGCCCCAGGAAAGCUGCACGCAAUCCAAGGGGACGUCAGCAAUGAAGAAAGCAUUCUCGCAGCCUUCAAGUGGAUAAAGGAUAACUUGUCGGGUGUUGAUGUCUUGGUCAAUAACGCUGGUAUUCAGCUCUUCAGUCUUUUGAUCUCUGCACCUACGGAUUUCUGGAGACGCAUCCUGGACGUGAAUGUGCUGGGUCUGAGUAUCUGCACCAGAGAAGCAGUGCAGGACAUGUUGGCCAGAGGUGUCGACGACGGCUUCAUCAUCCACAUCAGCAGCUUGGCUGCUCACACUCCGCCGUACAACAGUGACCUGGCGAUGUAUUACGCAAGCAAACACGCAGUCAAUACGCUGUUGGAAGGCUUACGUAAAGAUUUGGUCGCCAGGGGCAGCAAGAUACGCGUUGGGGCGAUUUCUCCUGGGCUGGUGAAGACUGAGAUUUUCUCUCAUUCAAAGAAAAUAACUUCAGACAUCUUCAACGUAGCGCCUUGUCUUGAAGCAGAGGAUGUCGCAAAUGCCGUAGUUUACAUGUUGUUUCAACAUCCGCGUGUACAGACUAUUGAUAAUCCAUGA